AUGGCACCCUCCCAUCCUGACGAAGGCGUCGCGAUUAGACGUGGAACCGAACAAUACGAAGAAUCUCGAAAGUCAUACUUCAAUAGAGAAGAGACUGGCAGAUAUCCGACUGAGAUACAUGUGGCAAAGACUUCUCAGGAUGUUGUCGAAGCACUUCGCAGAGCCAGAGAGCUUAAGGUCUCAGUCGGCAUUCGGUCUGGAGGACACCUCCCCUCCAAACCCUCCUUAGUCCAUAACGGAAUUCUUAUCGACGUUAGCAGCAUUAAUCACCACGUCAAAUACGAUGAAUUUACUGAGGAAGUUGAGUUGGGCCCCGGCGUUCGCGUUUAUGAAGCCUGGAAGGCAACAGACGCCGUUGGCAGAUUCUUUCCUUUUGGGCAUGCGCCUGACGUAGCACUAGGAGGUUUCUGUCUCGCGGGCGGGCAAGGUCUUUUUAUGAGAGCAUGGGGAGCUACUAUCACAGAAUGGAUUGUUCGACUGGAGAUUGUUGUUCCGGAUGGCCGAGUAUUGAUUGCGAGCCGGACGGAAAACGCUGACCUCUUCUGGGCUGCUCGAGGCGGUGGGCAAGCAUUCUUCGGAGUUGUGACCCGAAUUUGGAGCCGGACUAUACCAAAGAAACGACUAUUCUGGCGAUCUACAACUUUCACUGUUGGCGAUAAGUUCGAAGACUUACUUAUAUUUGCUUUCGAGCGAAAUGACGCCAUGCCAAGGAAAUUUACCGAGUCGGCCAUCUGCGUACUUCACCCGGAGUUGUUUGACAGUGGAGCGGUGGAAGUUGUUCCCGAUUCAUCGCCUUUGAUCAUGGCCAUCAAUGUUUGCGCUUACGCAAAUACCCUGACCGAGGCUACUUCAAUGCUCGAAGUCUGGGAUGGAGUCCCUGAAAACAUCAGAGACUGCCUUACGGAGGCAAAGGCAACAACGGAAGCGAGCUGGGAGGAGUUCUUUGAGCUUCAGCGACAGAUCAACCCGGAAUCGCCGGACCAGAAGUGGGGAAUCAACAGUAUCCUCAACGAUCCUUCGAUAGCUCUUCCAAAGCUGAUUGAAGCCAUCAAGCCUGCUAUGUGCGAGUUGCCAACUAAGUCAUCUUUUGGCUGCAUAUACAUCUGCGACACUCUGAAGCCAGACGAGAGAGAUGCUGUCUUCAGUAUUCCUCAGCAGUACUAUAUAUCAACAUUCAGUGGCUGGAAGGACCCUGCCCUUGUGCCCCAAGUUCGAGAAACCAUACGGACCUCUUACAGAAAAGCUGAAGCGGUUGCCUGCGGGAUCUAUAGUGCCGACUUUGACCAAUUCAAGACCUCAUUGCAUUCACCUGAGAUCAAAGUAUGGACAAAUUCAGCUCGUGCUCGCUUCAUGGAGAUUCGAAGGCGGUGGGACCCUGAUAGUUUAUUUACGGGAUACCGGGCGUUUGAUAUCGACGCACAGGCGAAGCUAACUCUGUAAACAUUUGAUUGUACAUGUUACAGAACAGAAUGAUUUAGUAUGAAAACAGUUGAGACCAAACAUUCAUGCCCAAGAUGACUCAUAGAGAGUCAUAUCGCUCUUUGACGAGGAAAUGUUUUCCCCGCAACGAAUCCCAUCAAGUCCAAGUAAGGCACCUUGGACACGGUUUGGAUUUCUCUAACGACAUGGACGCCCAUUACCGCCUGGCAAAAGGGAAGCGGCGGUAAGCAAACAGAAAGCUGAGAGGGGAAAGAUUGCAAUGCGGAAUGAUUGAGCAAACAAAGGAUGAGGCGGUAAAUUCAAUAUUCGACAAACAAGCAGCACAAGAAG